AUGGCGAAGCACCACCCGGAUCUGAUCAUGUGCCGCAAGCAACCGGGCGUGGCUAUUGGCCGCUUAUGUGAGAGAGACGAUGGCAAAUGUGUUAUCUGUGACUCAUACGUUCGCCCAUGCACGCUGGUUCGUAUCUGCGACGAGUGUAAUUACGGCUCAUACCAGGGUCGAUGCGUCAUCUGUGGUGGACCAGGCAUUUCGGACGCCUAUUACUGUCGAGAGUGUACGCAAUUGGAGAAAGAUCGCGAUGGUUGUCCGAAGAUCGUUAAUCUGGGAAGUUCCAAGACAGACCUCUUUUAUGAGCGCAAGAAAUAUGGCUUUAAGAAACGCUGA